CGUCAUGGUGGAAUAUUGAGAUUAUUUUAAAUCGUAUCUGUAAGUGGUUUUUAAAAUACCAUCAUGGACUGGAAAAGUGCAAGGUUUCUUUUAGCGUCUACGGCUACUGUUGUUGUUGCUUCCCAAGUGGCAAAAAAGUUGUGCAAGUACUUUUUUAAUUUCAAUAAAAGAUCUCAACCCGAGGUUGUAAGCGACGACGCGUGUAGUGAAGUAUUUAAUAUAAAAAAUCGUGAAAUAAACGAUGUAAUAUUAUUUUCGGAUGAUGUUGUUCGCCAUACAAUUAAAGUUCCACCAAACAAAGAUGUCACGAUAUGUGAAAGUCGGGAACUAAAUUGUUUCAAACUUAUAAAAUAUAUAAAAUCAGCUCGUGAAACUUUAGAUGUAUGUAUGUAUUUAAUAACAAGCACUGAAAUAGCUGAACAAAUAAUUCGAUUAGGACAAAGGCAUGUUCUAGUAAGAAUAGUUGCUGAUAGUGAUAUGGCUGACACUCCUCCGUCACAAAUAAAGAAGUUAAAGGAAUAUAGUUUUAUACAGGUGCAAACCAACAACAAGUCAAUACUAAUGCAUCAUAAGUUCUGCAUCAUAGAUGGUCCAAAAGCUGUUAAGCGAAAGAAUAUAUUAAAAGCUUAUGCAGAAAAAUUGAAUAUCCACGCACAGUUUAUGAAACAUAACGUUAAACAGAUAAAAACUAAGCAAAAUAAAGGUUUUGUUAUGUCAGGAUCAUUAAAUUGGUCGACCCAAGCCAUGGUUUCAAACCACGAAAGCGUUAUUGUUACUUCACAUCCUAACAUCGUCAACAAAUUUGAAAAAGAAUUUGAAAGUUUAUGGGUAGAAGAUGAACCGGCUAUACUUUCAUCACUUUGACAAAUAAUCAUCUAGCAACUAGCAAUAAGAACUUUAUAGGAUUUUAAUUUUAACUUAUACCGCAUAUUAUAUUCAUGAUUAAUGCACUUAUGAUGCAACACCACAUGUGCAAGUGUAAAUUAUGUGCAACAAAUUUCAACAUAGUGCAUCAACAGAGAGUUAAAUGUGAGAAUGACAACUAUAAAACGUGAAAGAUAGGCUUAAAAUUGUGUUUAGUUGCUAGAAGAUUAUUUUGCUAAAAAUAUUGUGGUUUGAAAAAGUGCGCUUUGGAUGCAGUGCUAAUAGAUGGCGUUGUUGUCAUCAUUGCUGAGUAGUGAGGAACUUGUUCUGCUAUUCACCGCUAGGUGGUGCUGGUCCACCGGGUUCAGUAGCCGAUAACCAUUGAUAACAAAUAUACGAAUGCAGUUACGUCGCUGCAUAGAACCACUUUCAGCAAUGAUACAACACGCCGCUUCCGAUGCAGAUAAUUCAAGGCUCUCCGUUCUGUCACUACCACCACGUUCAAUAAGUAUCAGUCUGUUCUUUGUGUUACAAUGAAAUUGUUUUUUGUUUUUGUUUUGUGUUUCAUUUUAUCUGAUACAUCUGGAACAGUAUGAGACUUGCAGUCAACGCUGAUCCCAAGCACCCCUUUGUAAACUUGAUCCCGUCGAUACUACGUGAUAGUGCUUGACUGCAAUUUCAUUAUUUGUUCCCGGGAUCCUUAUAGGAUUGAUUUGUAGAAUAGAGAUCUUGACUACUAUAUUCUGUUUUUGUUAUAGUAGAUAAAGGCCUCGGAGGAAAUAGGAAGAAUGCUUCACUUUUCUCUAAGUUCGUUGACUUAUAUUUUUGAUUUUUAUUUAUAUAUUUUUUGUCAUUUUUCCUUUUUCCGUCGCGGCCCGCUUAUACGUCAUAAGUUCUUGUAUUGUAUAAAUUGUUUUGAAUAUUGACUAACAAAUACUAAAAAUUCUAACGCAUGACUUUUUUUUUUUACAUAUCAACUCGCGAGUCUGCAUGACGUUAAAAUUUUUAAUUAAUAAUCGUUCUGUUUUAUUUCCGUUGAGUAAUUAGACAUAUCGUUACGCUGACAUGUUUUUUUUUUUUUAUUAUGUUAUUAUUAAAUAAUUGUAAUAAUAUGAUUAUGAAAUGUUUACUUCAACAAUUUACUAUUCGAAAACGACUUGCUUCAUAAAUAAUUGUAUAUUGUCGUACGCCUUGCUUCGUAUAACUUGAUUUUAGGUUAUAUGCGAUCAAUGCUUAAAUUCGAGUUUAAGUUAGUGCAUGGCAAUACCCGGGAUUGCAUUCCAAUUUUUUAAAACGAAAAAUUCUGAUUAUGCAAUCUGUUAAUUUCGAAAUAAUAUUAUAAUGAUGUGAAUUGUAAUUGUUUUUACUUUGUAUGAUUUAAAUCGUAUUUCAAUAAACAUUCGCUUAAUCG